AUGAAAAAAGAUCAGUGGUAUGAAACUAGAUACAUGCCAAUGAACUAUAAAUUACGAGCUACAGCAAUAGCAAUACUAAUACUAUUUAUGGGAUAUUUAGAGGCGAGGCCGACUAGAAUAGUAGAAGCACUCGCACAAGAUAUAGGAAGAACAAAAGAGCCGCCAUUAAUUAGGACACUUAAGAUUUUAGGUAUUGAAAGGCCAGAUGUUAAUUUAGAAGCUAUUGAGCUAAGACCAAAGAACAAUGGAGCUUUAAAAAUUGUGAAUAACAUGCACAGAUCCUUUAGCAUUAAUCUAUCUAAAUAUCACAAUAUAGCUUCUAGAAUUUUUGAUUUUGAAGACUCUAUUGUGUAUGAGAAUAUAGAACUUAUAGGAAGCGAUGAAAUUAAUGAAAAAGAUUCAAGUAGCCGAAAAGCACAGAAAGACAUUUGCAUGAAAUUUAUACGCGCAUUUAGAAACUUAAAAGCCAUUCGGGUAUCUAUAAAGAAUAUUUGGAUAAAGAAAGAGGACCAAUUACUUGGGAUUUUCGCAGAACUUACUAAUAAUAGAAUGAAAUUUCGGGCUAAUAUUAAAAAAAUAGUCUUUCAUAAUGUAAGCAAUUGUUUAGCUAUUCAGAUAUUAAAGCAUUAUGUUUUUGACAUCCCAGUUGAACUAGUAUUUUCUGGAAACAGAUAUAUCACUUGGAAUUUUUUAUCAAAUCUGCCAAAGCAUGGGAAAUAUAAAAGAAUAGAAAUAGAGCAGAUAGAUGGAAUUGAGAAUUUAAGCAGAAAUAAAAUUAAAAAGCUAAGAGAAAUAAUUCCAGUGUUGAAAAUUCAGACUCUCCCACCGGUUAGUAAUGUAAACGAGAUUCCCCCAGAGCUAGAGGGAAUCUUUGAGGGCGUAAUAGAGACAACAAAUUCUAACACAGUGCGUAGAUACAAAAAUUUAGCUAUAAAUAGAGCUGCGCUUCUACAGGAGAAUAAGAUAAUAGAACUGCUUGCAUAUAGUUCAGAUGACUUCAUUAUAGAUGGACAGAACAAUUCGUAUAUAGGGCAGCAAUCUAAUACAGCAGCCGAUCCUAGCUUUGAUGCAGAAAUGCAAGAGUUGCUAAAGGAUAAUCCAUAUACUUCUUUAAGAAGAGAAAUGCACUUCAACCACACACGAUCUGAAUAUGUGUAUGAGGUAACCAUUCGGUUUGAAACCCCAGUUAAAUUAACAGUUGCAUUCCUGAAGCAGAUCUUCUAUUGGUUUGAGAAGUAUAUUCCAAUCUGCACAAAAAUAACAAUUAAAAAUGUUACAAUGACAAAAGCCCUGGGCGAUGCCUUGGGCUCUGUAAAAAUAUAUGUAAUGUUUUUGCAGCAUCUAAAAUACGCAGCCAUUGAAGAAAUUAAUGGCGAGAAGUUAAAGCUGGAGCUACGAAAUGUAGACCUCUAUCAUAACGCAUCCGGUUUAACAAAAACAUCAUAUUCAAACCAUGAGCUGAGCACAAAAGUAUUUCCUGCUGAGCUAUACAUAAAAAAUAAUUUACAUUGUAAAGAGCGAGGACCAAAUAAUACUCCCUCAACUAUAAAAAUGGUUUAUCCUGGGGCGCAGAGCAAUGAUGCAGUUACGCUGUGCAUGGUCUGCGGAAUAAGCGCAUUCAUAAAUGAGGAGUCUAAAGAAGUAUGUAAAACCACUAUAGACAACCUUUCCAUUAAAGAAGUAGAAAACAUUACAUGGGAAGAAUUCUGUUCUAAAGACAACAGACAGUAUAUUGAAAAGCAUUUACAUCUUGCAUAUUUUAUGAAUUCGGAUAUUACUAUAACAAAAGAAAAUCUUUUUUCGCAUAUUAAAUGUUUCUUAACUAAACCAAUUGUGAUUCUCCCGGAGUGUAUGCAUACAAUAUGUGCAAAAUGUUUUUCUAAUUGGCAUAUGCACAUGCAAUCAACAGAAUCAUUGGUGCAUGAGAGAAAUAAUUUAGUUACCAUAUCAUGUCCAACCUGCCGGGGGGAAAACAGAAUUGCUACAUUCUUUCAAUACCCAGUUAGGACCUUCAAUGAAGCUGAUACGCCCAAAGCACAUAUAUAUCAAAGUGAGUGCCUUCAAUUUGGAAAGAAAAGUAUUAGAAAUUAUGUCUUUUAUGUGUGUGAUGGAUUUAAAAAUGAUGAUUAUUAUAGAGAAGUAAUCGGAUAUUUGAUUAAAAAAGAUGUGGUUAUAAGAAGUCCUGUGGUCUCGUCUAGUUAAAAUACUGCUUUUUGCACACUUAGUGUAUCAAGCUAAUUUAGCAUAUGCUAUACUAUGCAUUACAGCAUAGAAAAUAAGACAGAAAU